GGAGGCUUUGCCUUGCUCCUCAACUGCUUAACCUAAUAAGGCUGUUACCCUUUACUUUACUUUACUUGAUUACCUUACACAACGUUGCAAUGUUUACAGUCGAGUACACUGUAGUUUCUGGAUGUGUCCAAGCUGUGCCGUCGCUCCCCCAGAAUAUUUAUGAGGAAAAUGGGAUACUCUGAUUGUAACAUUGUCAUGGACUCGAGAAUAGGGAGUGUAUCAUCUGGACUGGGUUGCAGCCCUGGUACAAGAGGACAGACUUUGAAAAGUAGCCCUUUCUGCCCUCCAUCCUCCAGCAAGUUGACACAGUCCAUCAUUAAAGACCACAUGGUGUCUCAUUAUAAAAAGGUUUACUCAGCUAAAGCUGCCAUUGAUGCCUCAGUACCCAAAAGCUUGAUACACAGUGUAAAGUACCACGACCAGCUCAGACAGGAGCGGUUGAGGAAAGGGGGUCGUCCUCAGUCAGCCCACUCUCUCUCACAGAGGAAUUGCAGAGCCUCCUGCUCCCCUGCCCAGAGUAGAUUAUCUGUGCAGUAUGAUGACAGCCCCUACCUCUGCUCAAGGAGUUCAUCAGUCUCCAGCCCAAGGUUCAGCACCUCCUUUCAUGCUAAGGAGAUAGUUUAUCCCUUGUGUAAAGUCAGAUCACAGAACCAGUCUCAUCAUACUCGCCCAGCAUCAGAAAUAAAGUACCAGAGCCCAGAGGCAGCUUCUCACAGGAUGCAGUCAGCAUGUUCACUGGCAGCUUCGGGGGAUCAGAGUUGCUACAAGACUUUCCAGGACCCUGUUCAGAAGACGUACAGCGGAGACCUGCUCCAGAAACACUCACAGCACUUUACCCAAGACAAACCAUUCACACCUAAGACCCUGAAAUCAGACAAGAGCUCCUAUCUGUCAAAAUAUCGUUAUUACAGAGCACCACGGAGGGAACCUACUGAGGAUUGCACCAACUCACAAUCGGUGCGACAGGAGAUAUAUCAUGGAAGCACAGAAAACAAGGAAUACACACAGGAAUUUUAUGAACCAUCUCAGGGAUUUAAUACAGACCAUGAGUGGUCUGAGGAUGUGUUCAAUGGCACAUAUCUCUCAACAUCUAGACAACACAGUCGAGCAAACAAGAGCAGAGACCAUGAUUUCUUUGACUCCUCUUCCAGGGUCUCACCAGAAGGCUGGAAAUCUCCCAAUAUGAAGAGUGUAUCUACAGAGGAGGAAGAAUUAAUGUAUCUCGAAUUCAUUUCUGCUGUAACAGAGGAUAUCUUGUCCAGGGGACACAUCUCUGAUAGGGUCCUAGACAGGGUGAUAAAGCGCCAUAUUGACAUGAAUCGGCAACAUCUUGAUGAAGGUAAAAUGCGCCACCUUCUGGAAGUGCUGCGAAAGGAUUUUGAAGAGCCAGCCAACAUAUCCACCUCCAGUACAAAGCUUGAAAAAAAUGAGAAUGGCCUGCUUGAUACAUUCUUACCACAUCUAGAAUCAGGGGGGAAACAAGUGCAGACCAAAGAAAACAAUGACCUGUUCCCAUAUGCGUCACUAAUUAAAUACUGUGAUUUGCCAGAUUUUGCUGAUCCCUUAUUGGUGUCUACACCCUUCUGCUCUCCUGAAAGGACUGAUUCACCAAUUAAAACAAAUAAAAAGGAUGGAGACGAUGACAGUCUGGAAAAGGGCAUUAGCCCUCCUCUGCUCAGUCAGCAAGUUUCCGAUAAUACAGGAAUCAGUGACGAGAACUUCCAAAAUCAAAUAGGCAUAACUGCACCAAAUGAAGAAAUCAGCAAUGACACCCAUGAAUACACCACUAUAGUCACUGAUGAAGGAUUUCAUCAGGACCAUGCUGAGGUCAGUCUCGAUGGACAAUCCGAGGAACUUGAGAAUCUGGGGAGGAGUUUGUCAGAGUUGCUUCAUGUGUCCAGCAAUACACACUAUAACAAUGUUGAGACCACUGAGCAACAUACAAAUGCAGCUGCUUCAGGCAGUGAUGAUGAGUUCUGAGUGUUUGUGUAUUCAGGGAUUUAAUGUCCUUUAAUGUUUUUGUUACCAAGUGAGUGUUUUUCCAGAAAGAAAUGGAAUUUAUGAAAUGUCUGAAAGUAUAGUUUUGUAAAUGUGAUAACGCUGGUUGUGUUUACCAAGCCCCACCUGGUGUAGUUCUGUUCUGCUUUUUUAUCUUUAUACAAAAGCACAAUGAAAAUUUUGCAUGAGGUGUUGCAACUUAAUCAGUCUUGAAUGUCUCAUUUAGGAUAUUGUAAAGUGGGCACAUACUUGAACAGUAGUGAUUGAGUCCUAACUGACUCCAGAGUAAUGCUCUAAACAUUAUCGAAAUUAUUAUCCCAUAGUAACCAGUAUGAUUACAUUUUCAAAGGAUAGUCCAUAGCACUGCACUGAUGUCAGAUGGAAUUAGUGGUAUCUUUUAGUUUGAGUGGAUUGGAGAGUGUGUACCCAGUUAGACAUAAGGACAGUAUAAUGUAGCUACAGUUUACAUUUUCUGGUUUUCUAGAGCAAUUCAGUUAUAAAGAAAGUGCGUUUGACUUGACAUAAUGCCUCUGACAUUUAGCUAUAGAAGUUGACUGUCACCAGAAAGUGUCUUUACAAUUGCAAUAAAUUUUCUAUUCUG